CCCCAGGUUUCUCUUCGGACCGUUAACCUCGAAUGAGGAACGAGCGGGGAGGAAAGGGAGGGGCUGCGGCGCCGCCGGCACAGCCCGCCGGGCCCGGGGCCGGGGGCGGCGAGGUCACGUAACUGCUGCUCUGGCAUCUGACCGGGGAGGAGGCUCCCUCCCCGGCAGCCCAAGCCCCCCGGCGCCCGCCGCGGCUCGGAAACAGUUACCCGCUGGUAAACAACAGCUGCGCGCGCAUCCGAAUCAGCUGGCGCCGGGAUCCCGCACCUGCGACCUCCUCCUACCCCCAUCCUCGCCGCUCCCUCCUGCUCAGCCAGGGCCAGCCUGCGAGGCCGUCUCCUCUUCUGUUAGGGCCCGAAGGAAGAACAGCGAAGGGGCUGACCUUGCGCCGGGGCCCUGGUAGGGGAGGAAAGCGUCUCCGGCAAAGGGGUGGCUCGUCCUGUCAUACGCAGGAGAAACCCAGCAAACCGAUCGGGGGCUCGAUGGACUAGCAGCUACCUGCCACGACCCUGAACUGCAGUCCGCGGAGUCUCGAUCCGCUAGCCGCCUCCUCCCAGAUCCCAGGGACCUUUCUGCCAGAACAGCGGGAGGGCCACCCCCGCAGACCUCUCGGAGGCAGAAAUCCGCUUUGCCCCUGCAACCGCCUCUCCUCACCCUUGUCUCAUUCUCCUCCAUCCAUAGUGUGCGAUAUUUUUCCCGUUAUGCAUGCUCACCUCUCCCACCAGACCCAAGUGGAUUAUCGGCCUCAAAAACAUCGGGUGGCUCUACACACAUCUCCUCCCAGCCAGACCUGUGGGGUAUUCACCUGAUACACAACAGGUGGUCGGGUGUACACCGUUUCGCAAUCUGAUCUAUACUGUCUAUAUUCGCUUGAUAAGGGUGGGCCUCUGCGCACUUUGUUCAUCUAGCCGUGGGACAUUUACAGAUAAGGGACUAACUACCUCGGCAGAAACCUUAAGGUCGAGGAGAGAAAGGCUUCGUCACCUGCUUCUCUGAGACCAUGGCUGUCUGCCCGCAUCCCUGGACCAGGGGAGAUGACUAAGAUAGCUCUUCAUUCUGAAGGAACGAAGUUACACGAGAUUGUCAUCGUUUGUCUUUUUUUUUUUUUCCUUAAAUAUUUUUCAGCUGCUGGUAGUGCACUUUUUAGGACAGGCGGCUUGAAUUCUGAGUAGAAGGAUUCUUAUAUAUAGUGGCUUUUUGUGUGGUGUAAAUCAAGGUAAUUGAGAGGUUUUUUUUUUUUAAGUUAUCUUUUCUAUUUUUGCAACCAAAAUUGCUAGCGUAGGAGGAAGGGUUUUGCAGGGUUUUUUCUUUUUUCUUUGUCCUUAUAAAGGAAAAGAAAAAGAAAAAUGCAUCCUUCAGAAAACACCACCAAGAUGGCUUCAGUUCGGUUCAUGGUGACACCAACAAAGAUCGAUGACAUUCCAGGUUUGUCAGACACCAGCCCGGACCUCAGUUCUCGAUCCAGUUCCCGGGUAAGAUUUAGCUCCCGGGAAAGUGUACCUGAAACAAGCCGUAGUGAGCCUAUAAGUGAGAUGUCUGGAGCCACCAGUUCACUGGCGACUGUUGCACUGGAUCCAGCUAGUGACCGGACUUCUAACCCCCAGGAUGUUUCUGAGGACCCGAGUCAGAACUCCAUCACAGGGGAACACAGCCAGCUGUUAGGCAGCAAAGUAUCCUACCCUGGCAUUGGUUCCCACAGAGGUUUCUGCUCCAAUGAUGGACAUAAGAAAGCUCGAAAUGCUUAUCUUAACAAUUCCAAUUAUGAAGAAGGAGAUGAAUAUUUUGAUAAAAAUUUGGCACUCUUUGAGGAAGAAAUGGACACCAGACCAAAGGUGUCUUCUCUCCUCAGCCGCUUGGCCAAUUACACUAACCUGACACAAGGAGCAAAGGAACAUGAAGAGGCAGAGAACAUCACUGAAGGGAAAAAGAAGCCCACCAAGACCCCCCAGAUGGGUACUUUCAUGGGUGUUUACCUCCCAUGUCUACAAAAUAUUUUUGGAGUGAUCCUGUUUCUACGCCUUACAUGGGUGGUGGGCACAGCUGGAGUUCUGCAGGCCUUUGCAAUUGUCCUUAUCUGCUGCUGUUGUACAAUGUUGACUGCUAUCUCCAUGAGUGCCAUUGCCACUAAUGGAGUGGUGCCAGCUGGGGGCUCAUACUUUAUGAUUUCCCGAGCACUGGGCCCAGAGUUUGGUGGGGCUGUUGGCCUCUGCUUUUAUCUUGGUACCACAUUUGCAGCAGCCAUGUAUAUCCUUGGUGCCAUUGAAAUUUUUCUGGUAUAUAUUGUCCCGCAAGCUGCCAUCUUUCAUAGUGACGAUGCGCUCAAGGAGUCAGCAGCCAUGCUAAAUAACAUGCGUGUCUACGGCACAGCCUUCCUGGUCCUCAUGGUAUUGGUGGUAUUCAUCGGUGUACGCUAUGUGAACAAGUUUGCCUCACUCUUUCUGGCCUGUGUCAUUGUGUCCAUCUUGGCCAUCUAUGCUGGAGCCAUCAAGUCUUCUUUUGCCCCUCCACACUUCCCGGUCUGCAUGCUGGGCAACCGCACCCUUUCAUCAAGGCACAUUGAUAUUUGCUCGAAGACCAAGGAAAUUAACAACAUGACAGUACCGUCAAAGUUAUGGGGCUUCUUCUGUAAUUCAAGUCAGUUUUUCAAUGCCACCUGUGAUGAAUACUUUGUUCACAAUAAUGUCACUUCAAUCCAGGGCAUCCCUGGAUUGGCUAGUGGUGUCAUUACAGAGAAUCUUUGGAGUAAUUAUAUACCAAAGGGAGAGAUUAUUGAAAAGCCCUCAGCCAAAUCUUCUGAUGUCUUAGGCAGCUUAAACCAUGAGUAUGUCCUUGUUGACAUUACCACCUCUUUCACUCUUCUGGUGGGGAUCUUCUUUCCGUCUGUCACAGGUAUCAUGGCUGGAUCAAACAGAUCUGGAGAUCUGAAAGAUGCUCAAAAGUCUAUUCCCAUUGGCACUAUCCUCGCCAUCCUGACUACCUCCUUUGUUUAUUUAAGCAAUGUUGUCCUUUUUGGUGCAUGUAUUGAAGGUGUUGUUCUCAGAGACAAGUUUGGGGAUGCUGUGAAAGGUAAUCUCGUGGUGGGUACCUUAUCUUGGCCAUCCCCGUGGGUGAUUGUUAUUGGCUCCUUCUUCUCCACGUGUGGGGCUGGACUUCAGAGUCUCACAGGUGCACCGAGGCUGCUACAGGCUAUAGCCAAGGAUAACAUCAUACCCUUUCUGAGGGUGUUUGGUCACAGCAAAGCCAAUGGGGAACCUACCUGGGCUUUACUUCUAACUGCUGUCAUUGCAGAGCUGGGAAUCCUUAUUGCCUCCCUGGAUCUUGUGGCCCCAAUUCUUUCCAUGUUUUUUCUCAUGUGUUACCUCUUCGUGAACUUGGCAUGUGCCUUGCAAACAUUACUUCGAACACCCAAUUGGAGACCCCGGUUCCGCUACUACCACUGGGCCCUCUCUUUCAUGGGAAUGAGUAUCUGUCUGGCUCUGAUGUUUAUUUCUUCCUGGUAUUAUGCCAUCGUAGCUAUGGUAAUAGCUGGUAUGAUCUACAAGUACAUCGAGUACCAAGGAGCUGAGAAAGAAUGGGGUGAUGGUAUCCGCGGGCUGUCCCUCAGUGCAGCCCGAUUUGCUUUGCUUCGGCUGGAAGAAGGACCUCCACACACUAAAAACUGGAGGCCUCAGUUGCUUGUACUGCUGAAACUAGAUGAAGACCUACAUGUCAAGCAUCCUCGCCUCCUCACCUUUGCUUCACAGCUUAAGGCAGGAAAGGGUCUCACUAUUGUGGGCUCUGUCAUCGUGGGGAACUUCCUGGAGAACUACGGUGAAGCUUUAGCUGCUGAGCAGACCAUAAAGCAUCUAAUGGAGGCAGAGAAGGUGAAAGGAUUCUCCCAGCUGGUGGUGGCCGCCAAGCUGAGAGAGGGCAUUUCCCACCUCAUCCAGUCAUGUGGCCUUGGGGGCAUGAAGCACAACACAGUGGUGAUGGGGUGGCCAAAUGGCUGGCGCCAGAGUGAAGAUGCUCGAGCUUGGAAGACUUUUAUUGGCACAGUUCGAGUGACAACUGCUGCCCAUCUGGCCCUGCUGGUGGCUAAAAACAUCUCCUUCUUUCCCAGCAAUGUGGAGCAGUUUUCUGAGGGCAACAUUGAUGUGUGGUGGAUCGUGCAUGAUGGGGGGAUGCUCAUGCUCUUACCGUUCCUACUGAAACAGCACAAGGUGUGGCGAAAAUGCAGCAUACGGAUCUUCACAGUAGCCCAACUAGAAGACAACAGUAUUCAGAUGAAGAAGGACCUGGCCACCUUCCUGUAUCACCUUCGCAUUGAGGCAGAGGUGGAAGUGGUGGAGAUGCAUGACAGUGACAUAUCAGCUUAUACUUACGAGCGCACCCUGAUGAUGGAGCAAAGGUCCCAGAUGCUCCGGCACAUGCGACUAUCCAAAACAGAGCGCGACAGAGAGGCACAGCUGGUAAAGGAUCGGAAUUCAAUGCUACGAUUGACCAGCAUUGGCUCUGAUGAGGAUGAAGAGACAGAGACCUAUCAGGAGAAGGUGCACAUGACCUGGACGAAAGACAAGUACAUGGCAUCCCGGGGGCAAAAGGCCAAGUCAAUGGAAGGAUUCCAGGACCUACUUAACAUGCGUCCGGACCAGUCCAAUGUGAGGCGGAUGCAUACAGCAGUGAAGCUCAAUGAGGUUAUAGUUAACAAGUCCCAUGAAGCAAAGCUGGUUUUGUUGAAUAUGCCAGGCCCACCCCGAAACCCUGAGGGUGAUGAAAACUACAUGGAGUUCCUAGAAGUGCUCACUGAAGGACUAGAGCGAGUCCUUCUUGUCCGAGGUGGUGGCAGUGAAGUGAUCACCAUUUAUUCAUAAUCUACCCCUGAAUGACUCUGCUGGGCCUCACCUUUCCAAAAAGGCUUCCAACCUCCAUGGAAGUGCCAGCUCUUUACUACCACUCCCAUCAACUAGAGACCUGUGUUCUGUGUACAUCACGCUGAACUCUUAAUGAGCUGAGCCUCAAGUACUUGUGCAGAAAAGUACAAACAGAUCUGCUCUUUGCUACCAUAUGACCUGCUGUCCUUAAAGAAGAAGCAGAUAUUCCCUCAACCUCAGAACAAUGCUCAAGUCCUACAAGCCAUGCCUGUACCAGAUAAAGGCAAGUUAGAAUUAACAAGCUAAACCAAUAAAAUGAAUUGGCAAAAGGGAUGCUAGAAAUUCAACUGAAGACAAAAGUACACGUCUAACAUUAAAGAUGAGUCUCAGAAGUCAUGAUUCAAUGAUGACACCAUGGGGGUAACAGCCAGAGAGACACAGCCUCAUCAUACUAAAGAAUUCAUGGCCAAGUACACAGGGAGCUAACAUCUUUGUGGAGACAUCCGUGGCAAGCCAAGAUGACAAUUUUCGUCAGUGUAUCCACUGCUCUCCAGGACUCUAAUUUUAUGUUAGGGUACUAAUAUUUAAAAACGGAAACAUGAAACUGCAGCCCCUACUUCCUCCAAAAUAAAAUUCCCCCAAAAUAUGUUUAAGUACACAUACUGUGUUGUAUAUUUCAGCUGUUUCUCAAACCCAUCCUGUGGUUAGGAUUGUAAUACAGGCACUGUUACCACGGAAACUGUUUUUUAAAAGGUUGAGUAAAAAUUCUUUCUUUCAGGUUCUUUGCAAAUGGACAAACUAAGUGAACUCCAAAAGGUAGCUAUCAAGAUUUACAUAAAUGCAGUCUGUGGUUACCUAUGAGACAUGGGCAAAAUAUAUAAGCUGUUAUCUAAGAAAUGCAGAUGAUGAUGCAUACUAACCAAUAGGUUCUCCUUUCCUUCUCCCUUUUAUGCCCUCUGGGUUAUAGGCACAGACCAAAAAUCAUAAGAACAAACACACUAGGAAGACUGGCUAAAAUCCUUUGCUAAAAACCUUUGGAUUAUCCUUCAAAGGGAGAAUCCAGCAGUGGAAUUCGAAGUUUAUAGCCAUACUCCUUCCAUAGUGCCAAAGUUACUGAGCUGCUGCUACUCUUCUUACCUACUUCACUGAAGUGGCAUGCAAUUGGCAUUGGCCUGUUUCAAGAAACUUAUUUCAUUAGGAAACCUGUGGACUCAUUCCCAAAGCCAGCCAUAAUGAAGACUUGAGGGCAUGCAGCUCAGCACUAAGUAUGAGCAUUUUUUUUUCCUUUCAAUUUUAUUCAUUUUGACUGCAGAAACUUGGAUCUGAACUAAGAGAUUAUCCAAGGUAACAGUCUUCUAUUUGUUUUGUUUUCAGAAAGCUCUAAAUGUGUCAAGGAAAUGCUUCUGCAAGCUUAGCUUUUUAUUUGCUAACUUAAUGAUCACAAAACACCUGCUUUUCGAGCAUAGGGAAACUGCCCUGUGUGACUGAGUGGUAAUUUCAUAUAUGUGAAAUCUUCAUUUAUUGUACAGGAUAGAUAGGGUAUUCCAAGAAACUAUCUUGCCUGUAUUCAUGUCUGCUUUUGAAUUUCAUUUUAUUAAUGAUAAAUAGUACCACUCUUUCAUUACCAGUAGGAUAUGGAGCAAGCUGACUUGCUCCAUAGUCUGCAGACUAUUCAUCUGACCCUUAUGGACAGAGGAGAAAAACCCUUCAAUAUGGCUUAAGAAACUGAGUCAUUUUGGUUUAUUCCCUUUGCUCUUCUCUCAGUGUCCCAGCCCAGUCAGGUAGCAAAGCAGACAAGAUAUUUUAAGUCUUUUUUUUCUGCUGCUUCCUGCAGAGGGUAGAAGCAUUGUUUACAACUUUCAUUGCAACACUCCAUUGCUAAGUUGAGUCCAACAGUAGUGGAACAGGUACCCUAGGACCCAAGCUAUUGAAGACCCAUGCUCUAAAGGUCAGCUUGCCCAGGAACUCCUUUACAUUUACACAAAACCUCUGGCCAAAUGGACAGAAAGUAAGGUUAGUUUUAGAAGAGCUUUUUGUGGCUGGAGCUCUGUAAGAAUCCUUUAAAGGGAUAAUGGAAUUAGUGGCUACUAAUAUAGCCCCUACUUUAGGCCCUAAAACACAAUCACUGUUACAUGGGGAAGUGGUUAUUAGGCCAGAUUUAAACUCAUCUCUGUCUAGAGCAUUUCAUGUCUAUGUGUUGCUUAUGUUGUCUGCAAACUGUCUUGUCUCUUUUAAUCACUGCAAAUAAAGCAAUACCGAAAACUUGAUGAGAGAAUGCACCUUAGGGGAAGGGGCUUUGUGUUUCAUGCAGGAAGAGAAAGGAAAGACCUCCUCCUGCCUUUUGAAGAGAUCCAGCUUUUAAGUCUUAGCUAUGACUUUACCAGGGCAGGUUAUGACAAUAUUCAUUUUCCAACUGCUGGCCCUCUGCCUUUUAUAGCUAUCUUAAAAGCUUAAGUUUGAGUUGCAGCAUCUGUCUGACAGGUGCCAAGUUCCUUUUGGCAGGGCAAAGACCACUACUUUGUAUCUUCCGUUGCCUCAGAUUCCUGUGGCCCCUGAGAUCCCGCGAAUCCUCAUUCUCCCUAAACAUGUUAAAAAUCCAUUUUUGUGGAUAUUAAAGUAGCAAUUACACUGUAAGCAUUUUAUGUGUUUUGGUCUGGUUUAUUUUUCUUUUCAUCAUGUAUAAUCUGAAUUCAGCAUUAGUUUCUCACAUUUCUCUAGUAUCUCCAACAGAAUUUUUAUGUCCCAGCUUGUGUUAAAUAGAAGUGAAAUAUAUUAAGGAGGAUAGAUUUAAGGGAAACUUGUGCAACUUUUUUUUAAAGCACUGUUCUCAACCAUUUAAUUUAUUAAAAGGAGAUGCUGCUGUAGCUCUUGAUUUAUCAGCAACCACUCUUUUGUUUACAGAGUUAUGGUUUCAUUUGUUGUUUUGCUCUCCACUGGAAACAUAAAUAAAGUUUUCUACCUUAUUUUCAGUCAA